AUGAGCGAAAGUGCUUCAUCCAUCGAUCCCGCUAUGCUCACACUCUUCGAAGCAGCGCAGGCAGCUAGAGAUCAGGUUGGGCCUGUUGAAUCGGAUUACGAGCCACUCGAAAUCUCGCUUGGUGCGGAAGAACACAAGCUGAUAGACCAAUAUACAAGGAUCGAGGAGAGUUUCGACAAGAUCUUCAGUUUUGAUAUAGCGUCCACUACCAGAACAGAGGAACAGGAGCAAUCUGAGAUAGAGUUUGAAUCGUCCUCUGGAGCGUCUGUUGAGCGGCUACAUGGUACACUGAUCGGUGAGAAUGUCGGUAUCGGUGAAUUACCAAGAGAUGCUGGGGAACUCAAUUUAAAGCUCAAGCCUCAAAUCCAGCAAAAGAGUCAAGGCUACCACACUAGGACAGCAUCGCUAGAAUCAGUCGACCGCCCGAAGCUUCGCAAUUACAUCUCUACAAAUAGAAGCGCCAACGCUAACGACUGGAUGGAGACGCUGAGCUACAUUGGCAUCUGGGCUACGGGUCAGAUUGAGUCAUCUGGAAGGAAUAUUAUGUCCAGAGACACCCCUGAAGAGGACAUCUUCCUUGCAGAAAGUAUCGACAUCGAUAAUCCUGACCCUACAUCAGAAGUGAUCGAUGAUCUCCCCGUGAACCCGGGUCUGGAGGAAGGCAAUCCUUUGCUCCUGCUAGACGAAAGCGAAGAGACUCGAGCUAUCCUCAGCGACUACCUUGUAAACUUCGAAAACACGCCAGAUCGAGUGAACCGAUGGAUGCUACACCAACUUCGUGUUUCUCCACAUGAAAUUUACACUCUCGUAAGGUAUAUUGCUGGAGUGGGAGAGUUGUCUACCCUGUGGCACUGGGCAACAUCGAUACUCAACGAAUGGCCACAUGAUUCUCUCGGCCACAAUCACGCAGACCAUCAAGGCUCGGAUGAAUUUGAGAACGACAUGCAGAAUCCCCAGCGUCUCAGAUAUCAUGGUGCGUGUCCCCCGGGCUGCGCCUUCGACAAAUCAUGGCAGGUGCCUCGGUCUUCCACCUUCUCCACUCCUGAAGUCUUUCCAAACCUUUCGGAACAGCUUUCACAACUAGACACCCAACACAUCAAAGUACCACCCAAUUCCAACAGCGGCGUACGAUAA